AUGGCUCCGCCUGCACGGCCGCCGCGUGUUGGGGAGGACUGGGAGGAGGGCACCGGCGAGAGCUCCCCACCUCCUCGGUCGCCACAUGCGUCGGACCCCGACCGCCACGAGGUGCAGAGGAAGAUCUGCGGGCGCCUCCGCCAGACGGGGCGGCACGACCGUACGCUCGCAUACCCCACCUUCAACGCCCGCUUCGCCCGCCACAUCGAGAGGUUGCCGCGGAGGUACCUCCUCGACCUGGACAUCGACGGCAAGGUGGAAGAUGUCGUGCUGCACUGGAGGAUCCUCGACGAGUGCGCCGACCCCAACAAACGACCCGUCUUCCGCGCGCGAUUCCUCAUGCUGACAGCGUUGCUCUCUGAGGUCGGACUGAAUAUCCAGGAAGCUAAUGUUUACUCCACAAAGGAUGGUUUUUGUUUGGACGUUUUUGCUGUUGAUGGCUGGAAGACAGAGGAAACUGAUGAGCUGAUCGUGGCAAUUAAGGAGACAUUAACACAAAAAAAAAUUGUACGACACACUACUAUUUUUGACAUAUUUAUGAUUAAGGAUUAA